GCUAUUUAACGGAGAAGGCGCGAUUUGACGUCAUUGUGUUGACACCUUUCGUCAUUUUGCUAGCGCCAACACAACAAGAUAGUUAAUCGUUCGUGCAAAUGAACAUAUAAGAUAAAGAUUGUAUAGUUUUGGUGUUUGCAUGGGGGAACACGGUCUUCUGGGCAACGAGCCCGAGUCUAUCGAUUAUACUGUGCACGAAGCCUGGAACGAGGCCACCAACGUCUACCUGCUCGUUAUUCUAGUUAGCUUCGGCCUGUUGAUGUACGCCAGAAAAAACAAGAGGAAGAUCAUGCGCAUCUUCACCCUGCCCCCCACCGUGGAAAGCAGCACAGAGCCCAACUUCUAUGACAGCCUGCAGAAGGUCCGCCUGCGACAACAGCUGGAGAUGUACUCUUUGGCCAGGAAGUUUGAGCAGCAGCAACAAACCGACAGUGUCCAGCUUUCCAUGGAAUGAGGAAGCCCUCAUCCUGCAGCUUUUCUGUGGAUGAAUGGACGGACGCCAACGACAUGAUGCUUCAUGCUGGGAUCUAUUGAGAUGCUUAGCAAGCCUCUUACAGUCAGAGAAACUUUUCCCCCACAUCUGCAGUGAAAAACACCUUAUAUGUAACAUUGAUUGUAUUGUUUUAAGUAUAGAUUUAAUUGGGUGUGGUUAGUAAAGUGGUUUCAAAAGGUGGUCUUACUGAUCACUGGUAUCAGCCAAGUUGUAUUCAUAGUGUACCUGAUGAGCAUCGUGUGUUGCGGUGGAGAUGUAGUCAAACUCUCAUGAGACACAUUUUACCUUUGGCCUUGUCGGUAUAUUUAUUGUACCGGCAGCAUCAAAACUGUGCUGCCGCUCUACACACACAUUGAACUCAUGACCCAGGUCUGACCUGCAGCGGAACGAGGUGUGCCAGGACCAGCCUCGAAGUCAGCGACAGGUGCGUAGAUGGCCCACCUGGGUCUUAUUAUCUUAUCACCUGUCGCCCUGUAUAAGCAGCAGCCGGGGAGGAGAGGUGGUUGAGCUGGCGUGAGAGCGAGACUGAAAAAGACUAAAAGACAAUUGCUGGAAAGCAAACUGAGGACUUUACGUCAAAAUAAAACUGUAUUGUAACCUUGAAAUUGGCUCUGUCGGCGCUUGGUGGUCUGGAGGACCCACGGGAAGGCAAAUUGUGGAUGUUGCCCUUUCAGUCUUGCUCUCACGCCAGCUCCCCCUCCGGCUGCUGCUUGUACAGGGCGACAGGUGAUUAGAUAACAAGGCACAUGUGGGCUAUCUACGCAGGCCGGUCCUGGCACACCCCCUCCACACCCACAUUUCAUAAUUUGUUUGAAUACAGCUCUCGUCCAAAGGCAAAACCUAGUAACUCAUUUCUAGCUGAUUUUGAGAAAACAAAGGAAAACCAACCUAUCUUGAUGCUGUCUUACAAAGAUCUACAAAGUCAUCAAACAUAUAGAUGUUUUCUUGAGCUUUCAUUUUUUUGCCGAUUGAGCCAUGGAUUAAAUCUGCUCUCAUGAA